AUGUCUGAAGCCCCCGCUAACUCGACAGUCGAGGUGACCACAUCCCCCAUUAGCGAGCGACGUAACUCGUUGGAGAGAUCUCUCCAGUACCGCCCGGAUGCUCAGGACCUGAAGAAUAGGCAUAUCCUGCUCGAUACCAAUGCUGCUCCCUCUCUCCAAGCAGCCCAGCAGGAACUCGCUCGCCAGAAGGCUGCAGAUGCGCUGAAGAAAGGCCUGGAGAAGAGACCUGAUCGUGAUUCCCUCGUUGAACGAAACAUCCUUCCUUCAUCCGGCGCUGCUCCGGCUCUACAGGGUCCCGCCCGUGAACUCGAAAAACACAUGCGCGCUGACUCGCUCGAACAUAAGAUCCAGAAUCGUCCAAAGCCUGAGGACUUGAUCAAGUCAGGAGUUUUAACUGAGGAUGAAAACCCCAUCAAAAUUUAG